GGCCGGGCCGGUUACUUCCUCCAGCGGCGGUGCGGGUCGCAGUGCAGCCCAGCCCCGAGCGCCCGCAGCCGCCUGCUCGCCCGCCUUCGCCCGGCCUCCCGGAGCGCCCGCCCGCGCCCCGGCCGCGAUCUCCCCGCCGCGCUCUCCCCGCGGAGCCCGGGCCUCGCGGAGCCGCCGCCGCCCGCGCGCCGGCCCUGCCCGAAGCGGCGCGAUGAAUGAUUUUGGAAUCAAGAACAUGGACCAGGUGGCCCCUGUGUCUAACAGUUACAGAGGGACGCUCAAGCGCCAGCCGGCCUUCGACACCUUCGACGGGUCCCUGUUUGCCAUCUUCCCCUCCCUGAAUGAAAAGCAGGCCCUCCAGGAAGUGCCCACGGGCUUGGAUUCCAUCUCGCACGACGCGGCCAGCUGCGAGCUGCCCCUGCUGACCCCCUGCAGCAAGGCGGUGAUGAGCCAGGCCUUGAAAGCGACCUUCAGUGGCUUCCAGAAGGAGCAGCGCCGGCUGGGCAUCCCCAAGAACCCCUGGCUGUGGACGGAGCAGCAGGUGUGCCAGUGGCUGCUCUGGGCCACCAGCGAGUUCAGCCUGGUGAACGUGAACCUGCAGAGGUUCGGCAUGGACGGCCAGGCGCUGUGCAACCUGGGCAAGGAGCGUUUUCUGGAGCUGGCGCCCGACUUCGUGGGCGACAUCCUCUGGGAGCAUCUGGAGCAGAUGAUCAAAGAGAACCAAGAAAAGGCAGAAGAUCAGUAUGAAGAAAAUUCUUACCUCAACUCAGUUCCCCAUUGGAUUAACAGCAAUUCACUAGGCUUUGGCGUGGAGCAGGCGCCGUAUGGAAUGCAGACGCAGAGCUACCCCAAAGGCGGUCUUCUGGACAGCAUGUGCCCGCCCGCCGCGGUGCCCGGCGCCCUCAGUUCCGAGCAGGAAUUUCCGAUGUUCCCCAAGGCCCAGCUCAGCACGGUCGGCGUCGGCUACUGCUCCAUCGGGCAGGACUUCACCGGCAGCACCUUGAACCUCAUCGCCAGCGGUCCCGGGAAGCCCGGGGGCCGCGACUCCCCCGAGCAGGGCGGGGACAGCUUCGAGAGCUCCGACUCCCUGCUGCAGUCCUGGAGCAGCCAGUCGUCGCUGCUGGAGCAGCGGGUGCCCUCCUUCGAGAGCUGCGAGGACGACGGCAGCCAGGCCCUGGGCCUCAGCAAGCCCACCAUGUCCUUCAAGGACUACAUCCAGGAGAGGAGCGACCCGGCCGAGCAGGGCAAACCGGUCAUUCCUGCGGCCGUGCUGGCCGGCUUCACGGGAAGCGGACCGAUCCAGCUGUGGCAGUUUCUCCUGGAAUUGCUCUCGGAUAAAUCCUGCCAGUCGUUCAUCAGCUGGACCGGCGACGGAUGGGAGUUUAAGCUCGCUGACCCCGACGAGGUGGCCCGCCGCUGGGGCAAGAGGAAAAACAAGCCCAAGAUGAACUACGAGAAGCUGAGCCGGGGCUUGCGCUAUUACUACGACAAGAACAUCAUCCACAAGACGUCGGGGAAGCGCUACGUGUACCGCUUCGUGUGCGACCUGCAGAACCUGCUGGGGUUCACGCCCGAGGAGCUGCACGCCAUCCUGGGCGUCCAGCCGGACACGGAGGACUGAGCCCGGGGCCCGCCGGCGGGGCCAUCCUGACCGACUGCCCCGGCCCUGCAGGCCGCUCCCGCACGCCCGGGACGCCGCCCAGAAGCAGUGGCCUUUUCCCCCCCAACCUGCCGCGCUCCGCCCGGAGCAGCGCGGCGGGUCGCUUCCGGAGCCUGCAGGCGGGAAGCACGCUAUUUGGGCUGCAGCCGCGUGGACGCGGCCGCGGGGGCGCUCCGAGGGGCCGCGGGAGGCUGUGGACGUCCUCCGAGGAGGGAGCACGUGUUUCCGUUCUCUUCGGCCGUUUGCAACCAGGAACCACGGACGCGAGCGCGGCCUCUCUGUGCCAGAGGGCGGGAGGGGCAAGGAACGAUCGUGCCAUUUCAGACGUUGGUUUGUAGAUAUGAUUGUAAUCUUAUCCCUGUUACCAGAAUCCUCUAACAGUUCUAUUUAACAGAAGUUGUAUAUUGUAAUUUAAAAUAAUUCUAUGACUGUGUGACAUAAGAAUGCAACGCGUAUUCCAUUUUUCAAGAGCACCUACAGCAUUUUGCAAGCCGCGGACCUGCCCCGGGCAGGCCAAGAGGAUUUGUAAAAUGUGUAUUAUUUGCAUUUGCUGUGCCUACAGGCGAAGGUCUAAGGGUUCGUCCCUCGUUAUUUUUGUGUGUGUUUGUUUUUUUUUUUUUUGCUUUGCCUGGGCUGUUCUCUGGCAAGGACUUUGUUCAUUUGGGAAUUUUUAUAAGAAACUUAAUGUUAUUAUGGGGGCGCCUCUGGCCUCUGGCCUCUCCUUUGGAUUGUCAUGUAAAACCUAUAAAGCAGUAUUUUUCUGGA